AUGGCUAAUAACGACGAAUGGAAAGGAGCGAGAUUCAGAGAUGCAGAGGACCAUUCUGAAGAAACUAACGCACUUUUGGAAAGAGUGAAUUCAGCCUCAAUAGCUGAGCUUUUGAAAACCUCCGGUAAGACUGUUGAUGAAUUUGUCGACGAAAUUUUGGCGCUAGAGAAAAAAUGCCGCCUUGGGGAGGACGUUGCCUCUACGCGAAGGCUUGCAGUUGAGGCGCUGCGCAUACACCGUGUGCAGAAGGAUGUGGGAAAAAUGCUCACUUUACUCGACACCCUAAUGAAAAGACGAGCUCAAACGAAGCAGGUGCAAAGUGCUAUGAUUGCCGAGUGUGCUGUGGUCCUCCAUGAUGGUUCUCUUGAACCUGAGAAGGAAGAGGAUGUCCUUGAACGUCUAGCACAUGUUACCGAUAACAAAAUACACGUCGAGUUGGAGCAUACUCGUUUCACUAUUGAGCUCGCGAAGCUCCACGAGGCGCGUGGUCUCAAGCGUUCCGCGUGCGACAUGCUAUCAGCUUUACAUGUCGAAACGAUUACGAAUAUGCCACGUCUAGAGAAGCUGGAUGCGCUAAACCGGCAGAUUCGCCUUUGUCUUGAGUUGGAGGAUUAUGAGCAUACCCCUCUUGUUUCGCGAAAGAUUAAUCAUUCCGCGCUACGUCGGGAGGAGGCCAUGGAACAGAAAUUGGUUUAUUUUUCACUUAUGCGCCAAUACUAUGCGAAGAAAGGUUCCUAUUUUAAUUUAGGGCGUUGCUGGUAUGAAACUUACCUCACUCUUACUGACGCCAAACAAAAGCUUGAAGCCUUAAGUAACAUGUUGGUGCACUACCUCAUUUCGGAGCAUUCAACUGUGAAGGAAAUUGAGGACAUGGCCGAAUGCACGGCAUUUUCUCCCGCCACGAAAAUGCGAGACCGAGUAACCGCACUCUCAGAAAUAUCCGAAACACUCAAAAGUAAUUUAGAGGAUUUACCAAAUUUGUAUCUUCUCCUUAAACGGUUCAACAGCAUUGACGUGAUCAGGGAGAGAAUUAAAAAGGAAGUGGAUGAGAUAUGCGCCACGCAUCCAGAGCUGAAAGACUACCCAGAGCGCCAAGAGUUGCUUCUCAAUCGAUCUAGCGAGCAUGAUUUGAUGGUUAUCUCACGUUUCUAUACCCGCAUUCCUCUCUCACGGCUUUCAGAGCUGGUCGGACUCUCACAAUCACAUACCGAGUCGUUUAUCAUGUCGAUGGUGUCUAACAAGACGCUUUACGCUAAGAUAGAUCGCGUGGAUGGACUUGUGGUGUUUGAACCGCCCCAAAAUACAACUGAAGUGAUGGCAUCGUGGAAUGAGGCGGUGGAGCGCAGUGUUGCACUUCUAGAUAAGGCGUCACAUCUCAUAACCAAAGAACGGAUGCUGCAUAAUUUACCCAAAUAUACUGCGAGUUAG